AUGGAUCAAAAUAAUCAUACAAGGCGAGAAUUAGAUAUAGAUAGUUUUAGGAAUGAUGAACCAGUAUACGAUAGAGCUCGUAUGAGAAGGCAGUCUGGUGGUUUUGUUGACUUAGGAAAUGAGUCACAAUAUGGUACCGGUGGACAUCAAGCUUCAGGAGCUAACGAAAUAUUUGCGGAUAUUCAGGGUGAUGUUCCAUGGUGGAAAUCAAAUUUUUUCAUAUCACAACCAGUUCUUUUUGGAACUUGGGAUGGGGUAUUUACAUCUUGCCUCAUCAACAUAUUUGGAGUGAUUGUCUUUCUAAGGUCUGGAUGGAUAGUUGGCCAAGCAGGCUUAGUUAAUGCAAUAUUCAUUGUGAUAUUUACAGUAUUUGUAGCGUUAAUCUCAGUUCUUUCAGCUGUUGGCAUUUGUGAAAGGUGUAGAAUAGAAAGUGGUGGAGUUUACUUUUUACUGGGACAUACUCUAGGAUCCAGAAUGGGUGGAACAUUGGGCAUGAUAUAUUGUUUUGGACAGGCAGUGGGUUGUGCACUCAAUGUAUUUGGUUUUGGAGAGUCAAUGGCAAAUUUAGUUGGCUCUGAUAACACAUGGGCAGCUCGUGGUUUUGCAAUAGCUGCUGUUCUUUUGCUGGGAGUAAUCAAUGUUGCUGGAGUCAAAUGGGUUAUAAAACUACAAUUUGUCUUGCUUCUCAUUAUUUUACUAGCUGCCUUAGACUUCUUUGUUGGAUCUCUCACAACUGUUCCAACUCCUGAGUUCAAAGGCUGGUUGGGUGGUACAAUAGCUAACAAUACCUGGUCCAAUUACCAAGACGAUUAUACAUGGUUUAAAUGUUUUGGCGUUUUUUUCCCGACAAUCACUGGAAUUUUGGCAGGAAUUAAUAUGAGCGGGGAUCUAAAAAAUCCUUCAAUAAAUAUUCCUAAUGGUUCUCUAGCAGCUAUUAGUACUGGAACAUUCUUGUAUUUAAUGUUUAUCAUCACGUUGGCGGCAACUGUCACACGCGACGCUCUUUUAAAAAACUUUUCCAUAACAGCCGAUAUAUCAGCGGUGACGGUUCUACUCUUGGCGGGAUUAUAUGUUAGCUCUAUGAGCUCGUGUCUUGGAGCCAUGUAUGGUACACCUAGAGUUCUGCAGAGUAUAGCCAAUGAGAAAGUCAUUCCUGGAUUAGAUAUUCUCGGACAUGGGAGAGGUCCAAACAAGGUGCCUAUAUACUCAAUGGUUGUAGUAGCUGUAGUGACAGUAACAUUCAUAAUUAUUGGCGACAUCAACAAACUCGCUCCCAUUGUCACUAUGCCUUUUCUUAUUACUUACGCUAGUAUAGAUUAUUCUUAUUUUGCUCUCGCCCAAACAUUUGAUUUGCAACACAAACGAGAAAUGAGAUUUCAGGGGCACUCACAAAGAGAUACUCAAGUAUAUGGAGCCACUGGUAGCGAUCUUGACCUAUUGUUUCCUGAAAGAAUAAGACACAAAAAUGUCGGCGAUUUCACACCGUCGCCAACUGAUCCAGCGAUAAUGAAUGGACGCAUGUCAAAUGGCGAUAUAAAUCGACCUAACGUUAAUGUACAUUCUAAGAACAAAAAUUGGUAUUCCCACCUAUGUAAUCGAUGGCUUUCUCUUGCUGGCGUUGCUAUUAAACUUCUACUAAUGUUCCUGGUUCAUUGGGUGUACGCUCUUGGUUGUUUAACAAUUCUGUGGCUUUUAUGGUUGUACAUCGGAGCAGCGAAUCCUGCAGUAAAACCUGGCCGAGCAUCGGAGUUUCGAUUUUUCAAUUGGCUGAAAUUAUCUUUUCUGCAAGCUAUCGGAAAGCGUCCACUAGAAUAUGAGCAACUAGUAGUUACGCCAAUGCACUCCGACAUAACAAUGGAGCAAGAAAGGCUGAAUGACGACAACGAAGAUUUCGCAUCGCGCCGCCGCUAUCACCAGUCCACCGCGCUACAAAGUCACCUCGUUAGCGUUGAUACCUAA